ACAGGCAGAGGCAGAGAAGGGUGGGCGAGGGAGAGGACAGAAUAGGGAGAGCCAGGGAGGAAAGGCAGGGAGAGAGAGGAGAGAGGCAGACAGACCGACGUGCGAGCUUGGGGUUGACCAUGGGGAGGGCGGUGGGCCUCUGAGUGGGGCUCAGGGUGGCAGACCCUGCCCCCCCUCACCCCCCUGCCCCCUCGGGACCCCUCUAGUGCAGGAGGCGGGGCGGGGGGGGGGGAUGGCCGAUUCCUGCAGGAACCUCACCUACGUGCGGGACUCGGUGGGCCCAGCCACCAGCACCCUGAUGUUCGUGGCGGGCGUGGUGGGCAAUGGGCUGGCACUGGGCAUCCUGGGGGCCCGGCGACGGUCACGCCCGUCGGCCUUCGCCGUGCUGGUCACCGGACUGGCUGUCACCGACCUGCUGGGCACUUGCUUCCUGAGCCCGGCGGUGUUCGUGACCUACGCCCGAAACAGCUCGCUGCUGGGCCUGGCCCGGGGCCGCCCCGCCUUGUGCGACGCCUUCGCCUUCGCCAUGACCUUCUUCGGCCUGGCUUCCACGCUCAUCCUCUUCGCCAUGGCCGUGGAGCGCUGCCUGGCGCUCAGCCACCCCUACCUGUACGCGCAGCUGGACGGGCCGCGCUGCGCCCGCCUGGCCCUGCCUGCCAUCUACGCCUUCUGCACCCUCUUCUGCUCGCUGCCCCUGCUGGGCCUGGGCCAGCACCAGCAGUAUUGCCCUGGCAGCUGGUGCUUCAUCCGCAUGCGCGCCCCGGAGCCCGGCGGCCGUGCCUUCUCCCUGGCCUAUGCCAGCCUCGUGGCGCUGCUGGUGGCCGCCAUCAUCCUCUGCAACAGCUCCGUCACCCUGAGCCUCUGCCGCAUGUACCACCAGCAGAGGCGCCACCAGGGCUCACUGGUCCCCGGUCCCCGAGCAGGCGAGGACGAGGUUGACCACCUGAUCCUGCUGGCUCUCAUGACGGGCAUCAUGGCCGUGUGCUCCCUGCCUCUCACGAUCCGAGGCUUCACGCAGGCCGUCGCCCCGGACAGCAGCGAGAUGGGGGACCUCCUCGCCUUCCGAUUCAACGCCUUCAACCCCAUCCUGGACCCCUGGGUCUUCAUCCUCUUCCGCAAGGCCGUCUUCCAGAAGCUCAGGGGCUGGCUCUGCUGCCGGUGCCCCAGGCCGGCCUGCGGCGGCUCGCACACACCCCUCUCCCGGCCUGCCCCGGGGAGGACAGACUCAAGGGCCCCCACUGAUCCCGGGGGGAAGGAGGGGAGCUGGGUGCCUCUGUCGGCCCGGGGCGAGGGGCAGGGGGGACCCUUACUCCAGGCACAGCAGCCCGCCAGCACCAUGGGAACGCCACCCAAAGAGGGGGCGGCGCCGGCCUGCUCCCUCUGCUGACCCAGCUGCCUGCCGACACCGGCCCUGACUUCCGGCCGCUCAGGGGCACCGUAGGGACGAGUGUCAGGGUCCUCGUCUGCUGGAGCCUUGAACCCCUGGAUGCAGGGGGCGAUCAGCUGCUAUCCCCCUGGCUCUCCCCACGGCAGGCUCUGGAAGAGGGAGGGACGGAGGGAGCGUGGAAAGAACGGUUCUCUCAAAAUAACUGGUGGCCCGGCCGGCCCGGUCUGGCCCCCGCUUGCCCAUCCAUCUCACUGUCUAAAUAUUUAGAAGGCGGGAAAGUUUCCAGAAGCUUCUGUGCACUCAGGUCUGCUCUGGUUCAGGUUCUGGCUCUGAUCCUCACCCAUUCGGGGUACUCGGCUGCCCUCCCCCCCAGUCCCCAGGGGACGUCCCUGCCCUCUCCCAGGCCACUCCAACAGCCGCCCUCUCUUCUGCCUCAUGGGAGCCCGGGAUUCUUGGACUAGCUCCCUGCCUCCCCUCACUCCCGAUUUCCCACCAGACUUGGAAGGUAGGGGAGGGGACCGGAGGAGGGACGGAUUGUCGUAUGGUAGGUGGCACGCUGGACACGUGCCUGGGAAACUGCAUGGCUUGGUGGCUUGUAAGAUGUGGAGUGUGGGUGGGGGGCGGGUGCAGGGGGAGAUGGAGCCAGUGGCCCGAGGACAAAGCCAGCGGAGUUACGCAUCCCAGGGACCCCCCGGGGACAGGGACGCAGGCACAAGCCCUGGGCCUGCCCCUCAAUAAACAGCUGCCCGCUUACUUACAAAGCCUGACCCCACCUCAUGUGUCCUCGGAAGAGCCCUCACAAAAAUGUCAUUCAUUCAUUCCACAAACAGUGGGCACUGACCCUGAGGGUAUUGGAGACACUGGGCUGGCCUCUGCCACCCCCAGGGCUCCGCUGGUGUGACUGCCAGCCUUCGGGGUUCUGGGCUUCACGGCCAUCCCACAGAGAGGCCCUGAGAUCAAGGGUGCUUGGGAGGGAGCCGCCUGGUGGGAAAGGAAGUGUGGUGUUUGUGGUGGCAGGCGGCGAACAGGGACUGUCCUUCUCUCCCAGCCCCUCCCAGUUCCCCUUUGCAGUUGCUCCAGGGUUAAAACCAUAAACACGUAUGGGGGGGGGGGGGAGGGAGAGAGGGACCGGAGAGGCAACAGCAGAGAUAAUCAGUGAGUCUUUUGCUGUGCAGGGCGCACCCUCUCUCCAGCCUAUUAUUGGAGCCUUUCCACAGAAACUGGAAUCAAGGCCCAGAGAAGGCAAUCAUCAGCCCUGGGUCACACAGCGAGCAUAAGCAGUCUCAGGGUGUAGUCCAUCUUUCUAUCUCACUUGGCUAGUGGCUUUGCCUCUCCGUGACCUGCCCUGACUUCCUUUUGUGCAGAAUGGUGAUGAUAAUGUAACGUUCAGUGUACAGGGUUGGCCUGCGGAUUAACCCAUUCCUCCUGAAAAGCAGUUUAGCGCAGCCUGAAAUAAACACCGCAAGAAACGCUACUGUUACUGCCCUCCUUGUCGCUGCUAUUGUUGUCUGUGGCUUGAAAUGGGGGUUGACAAAAAGCAACACUUUGCUCCGAUAUUUCCCCAUUUCUUUCUUUCUUUUUUCAGCCACCAUGAUUCGAAUCGCAUUACAGAAGAACAAGGGGUGUCUGGGAAAGUUAAAAAUAGGUCACGAGGGGGGCUUCCUUUGGGGGUGAUCAAAACGUCUGGAACUAGAUAAUGCUGAUAGUCGCACAGCACUGAAAAUGGACUAAAUGUCUCUGAAUUGUACGCAUUAAAAUGGUUAACAUGGUA